AUGAUGAAUCCCGCCGCGAGGCUCUUGUCCUCCUCGGCACCCUCGCUGCGCCGUCUCGCCCCUCGCGCCGCCGCCGCCUCGUCCGCCCGAUUCGCGCAACAGGCUGUUCGCACCAUGGCUACCGCCCGCAAGAUCAAGGUCAAGAACCCCGUCGUCGAGCUCGACGGCGACGAGAUGACGCGUGUCAUCUGGAAGGACAUCAAAGACAAGUUCAUCUUCCCCUACCUCGACAUCGAUCUCAAGUACUAUGACUUGGGCCUCGAAUACCGCGACCAGACCAGCGACCAGGUCACCCUCGACGCCGCCGAGGCCAUCAAGAAGUACUCGGUCGGCGUCAAGUGCGCCACCAUUACUCCCGACGAGGCCCGCGUCAAGGAGUUCAAUCUCAAGCAGAUGUGGCUGUCCCCCAACGGCACCAUUCGCAACGUCCUCGGCGGCACCGUCUUCCGCGAGCCCAUCGUCAUCCCCCGCAUCCCCCGUCUCAUCCCCGGCUGGGAGAAGCCCAUCAUCAUCGGCCGCCACGCCUUUGGCGACCAAUACCGCGCCAAGGACCUCGUCAUCCCCGGCCCCGGCAAGCUGUCCAUGGUCUACACCCCCGAGGGCGGCCAGCCCCAGGAGGUCGACGUCUUCCACUUCAAGCACGGCGGCGGCGUCGGCCAGACGCAGUACAACACCGACGACUCCAUCACCGGCUUCGCGCACGCCUCCUUCAAGCUGGCCAUUGACAAGGGCCUGCCCCUGUACAUGAGCACCAAGAACACCAUCCUGAAAAAGUACGACGGCCGCUUCAAGGACAUUUUCCAGCACCUCUACGACACGCGCUACAAGAAGGACUUUGAGGCCAAGGGCAUCUGGUACGAGCACCGCCUCAUUGACGACAUGGUCGCCCAGAUGGUCAAGAGCAGCGGCGGGUACAUCAUGGCGCUCAAGAACUACGACGGCGACGUCCAGUCCGACAUUGUCGCGCAGGGCUUCGGCUCCCUGGGCCUCAUGACAUCGGUCCUCGUCACCCCCGACGGCAAGACGUUCGAGUCCGAGGCGGCCCACGGCACUGUGACGCGGCACUACCGCGAGCACCAAAAGGGCAACGAGACGUCGACCAACCCCAUCGCCUCCAUCUUCGCCUGGACCCGCGGCCUCGUCCAGCGCGGCAAGCUCGACGGCACCCCCGAGCUCGUCGCCUUUGCCGAGGGCCUCGAGCAGGCCUGCAUCGACACCGUCGACGUCGACGGCGUCAUGACCAAGGACCUCGCCCUCGCGUGCGGCAACAAGCAGCGCUCCGACUACGUCACCACUACCCAGUACCUCGACGCCGUCGAGCGCCGCGUCAAGAACCUCCUCAAGCAGAAGCUGUAG